GUGAGGAGCUUCUGUUCAAAGUGAUUCAGCAAGAAACCAGCCUACCCCAGCGCGCAGCACCACAGCCCACCCCUUAAGUACACAGGGCUCCACCCGCCAUCACCCAGCAGCGGCUGUCAGGACUCCUCACCAUGUGGCUGAUCACACUGCUCACCCUCUGCUGUCUUGCUGCAGGAUCCUGCAGGGCAGCUCCAGAUUUCUGUUCCCAGGACCUUAACUUGAGUAUCCAGCCAGGAUUUCCCAUACCAAUAAACACCAACAACCCUGGAGUCCUCAAAGCAGCCAGGUACAGUGUGGAGCGGUUCAACAACUGUACCAAUGACAUCUUCCUGUAUAAGGAGGCCCAUAUCAGCAGAGCCAUGGUGCAGGUGGUACAAGGCCUUAAGUACAUGGUAGAGAUGCAGAUCGGUAGGACCACAUGCAGGAAGACGAUGCACCCCUCCCUGGACAACUGUGACUUCCAAACCAGCCCUGCUCUGAAACGGACUCUAUGGUGCUACUCUGUGGUCUGGGUCAUCCCUUGGCUCCAGUGGGUCCAGGUGCCUGUGGUCCGUUGCACUGACUUCCGCCUCUGGAUGCAGCAUAUGCUAUGGACACCUGGCCCCCCAGUCCCGAAGUCAUGGCCCCUGCUGGCAGACAGACGCACAGUGGAUCCUAAUAGAAGCCUGAGGUGGCACAAUGACGGCUCGACAGUCCAGGCCACAUCCAUCCUGUCCUGAUGUCCUCUAAGAUCAGUUUCACAACCACAGUGGCCCUGGACUUGGUCCUGGGAAGGGUGGUACUGGGGGGACCCACUCCACUGAGAGCCCAAGUCCAUCUGCUGGUCUCAGCCACUAGGAUCAGCACCCUGGUGAAAGACCAAGCACACUGUGGAUCUUGACCUUUCCUGGGAA